AUGACAAACUAUUUAGCGGUACUUAUGAUAGACAUCAGCGAUGAGUCGGGAAUCAUAUGUGGAAACAUCCCACCACCGCCAUUGGUCACAAUGUUGAAUAACAAUCUAGUAACAGCCGGCAUAUAUAAAAUUGCUAAAUUUUACCACCUACGCUCAACCUUGCCACCCGGUCCGCACCCCUGGCCACUUAUUGGCAAUGGCCUAAUGCAAUUUAAAUCUGGCCCCGUUUGGCACCAGGUUUUUCGUGGGCUGACCGCACAGUACGGCCCGGUAUUCACCUUCUGGUUCGGUGGAGUUCCCCGCAUUAUCAUUGCCGACACCGAAAUGGCCCGCGAGGCGUACCGUAAAAAUGAUUUUGCCGGUCGACCAUGGUCGUAUUUAGGCUCUCAGUUAUCAAACAAUGAUUUUAAGGACGUGUUGUUCACUGAUUACGGCCACACGUGGGAAGCGCUCAGACGUGUGGCCCACUCGGCGGUCAUGCUUUAUUACAAUCAUUGA